CCUGCGGGUGCGCGUCGGGCGGGCUCACCCGGCUCCGAGAGCGGCGGGUGGGCGGCCCGCGGGUGGAGAGGCCCGGGGCGUCCGGCCCCGCAAGCAGCGGCGGCGGCGGCGAUGCUGUGCGCCCAGCUGAGCCCGACCCACCGCGCUAGGUGAGGCGGCUCCUGGAGCGCGGCCGCGGCCAUGGGCACCCUGGGCAAGGCGAGAGAGGCUCCGCGGAAACCUCAUGGCUGCAGAGCUGCCCCUAAAGCAAAACUAGAGACGAAGCCAGCCCGCAGCCCUUUUCCUUCCCAUCCCAGCCUGGCCCAGAUCACCCAGUUCCGAAUGAUGGUGUCUCUGGGACAUUUAGCCAAAGGAGCCAGUCUGGACGAUCUUAUCGACAGCUGCAUUCAAUCUUUUGAUGCAGAUGGAAACCUGUGUCGAAGUAACCAACUGUUGCAAGUCAUGCUGACCAUGCACCGAGUUAUCAUUUCCUCCGCAGAACUGCUCGAAAAAGUUAUCACCCUGUAUAAGGACGCCUUGGCAAAGAAUUCCCCAGGGCUUUGCCUGAAGAUCUGCUAUUUUGUAAGGUAUUGGAUAACAGAAUUCUGGAUCAUGUUUAAAAUGGACGCCAGCUUGACAAACACUAUGGAGGAGUUUCAGGAACUAGUGAAAGCUAAUGGUGAGGAGUUACACUGCCGCCUGAUUGACACAACUCAAAUCAAUUCCCGUGACUGGUCCAGGAAACUUACUCAAAGGAUAAAAUCAAACACCAGCAAGAAACGGAAAGUCUCCCUGCUCUUUGACCAUCUGGAACCAGAAGAGCUAUCGGAGCACCUCACUUACCUGGAGUUCAAGUCCUUCCGGAGGAUAUCCUUCUCUGAUUAUCAGAAUUACCUAGUGAACAGCUGUGUGAAGGAGAACCCCACCAUGGAGCGGUCCAUUGCCCUGUGCAACGGCAUCUCCCAGUGGGUGCAGCUGAUGGUGCUCAGCCGCCCCACCCCGCAGCUCCGAGCUGAAGUCUUCAUCAAGUUCAUCCAGGUGGCUCAGAAGCUCCACCAACUACAGAACUUCAAUACACUGAUGGCUGUGAUAGGCGGGCUCUGUCACAGCUCAAUCUCCAGGCUCAAAGAGACAAGUUCACAUGUCCCGCCUGAAAUCAAUAAGGUCCUGGGUGAGAUGACAGAGCUGCUGUCCUCCUGCAGAAACUACGACAAUUACCGGCGCGCCUACGGAGAGUGCACCCACUUUAAGAUCCCCAUCCUGGGGGUGCACCUCAAGGACCUCAUUUCCCUGUAUGAAGCCAUGCCCGACUACCUGGAGGACGGGAAGGUGAACGUCCACAAGCUGUUGGCCCUUUAUAAUCACAUCAACGAGUUGGUCCAGCUGCAAGAGGUGGCCCCGCCCUUGGAGGCCAACAAGGACUUGGUGCACCUGCUGACGUUAUCUCUGGAUCUGUACUACACUGAGGAUGAAAUCUAUGAGCUCUCCUACGCCCGGGAACCGAGGAACCACAAAGCCCCGCCACUAACACCUUCAAAGCCCCCAGUAGUCGUGGACUGGGCCUCCGGAGUGUCUCCCAAACCUGACCCAAAGACUAUAAGCAAACACGUCCAGAGGAUGGUGGAUUCUGUCUUCAAGAACUAUGAUCAUGACCAAGAUGGAUACAUUUCUCAGGAAGAAUUUGAAAAGAUUGCUGCAAGUUUUCCAUUUUCCUUCUGUGUGAUGGACAAAGACAGGGAAGGCCUUAUCAGCAGGGACGAGAUCACGGCCUACUUCAUGAGGGCCAGCUCCAUCUACUCUAAGCUGGGCCUGGGCUUUCCUCACAACUUCCAAGAGACAACCUACCUGAAGCCUACCUUCUGUGACAACUGUGCUGGAUUUCUCUGGGGAGUGAUCAAACAAGGAUAUCGAUGUAAAGACUGCGGGAUGAACUGCCACAAACAGUGCAAAGAUCUGGUUGUGUUCGAGUGCAAGAAGCGAGCCAAGAGCUCAGCAGCUCCCACCGAGAACAGCCCCUCUGUGGGGCCAGCGUCCAGCCUUUGCUCGCUGGGAGCCAAAGAUCUGCUCCAUGCGCCUGAGGAAGGACCUUUUACAUUCCCUAAUGGGGAGGCCGUGGAACAAAGUGAGGAAAGUAAGGAUCGGACCAUCAUGCUCAUGGGAGUGUCCUCACAGAAGAUUUCUGUUCGGCUAAAGAGGACUGUCACCGACAAGGCCACCCAGACCGAAUCACUGCCUUGGAUGGGCAGUGAGAGCCCCUUUGCGCUGACUUCCCCACGGAAGACCGCCCAGGACACUCUGUACGUGCUUCCCAGUCCCACAUCUCCGUGCCCCAGCCCAGUCUUGGUCAGAAAGCGGGCUUUUGUCAAGUGGGAGAAUAAAGACUCCCUCAUAAAAUCAAAGGACGAACUCCGUCACCUCAGACUCCCAACCUACCAAGAACUGGAACAGGAAAUAAAUACCCUGAAAGCAGACAAUGAUGCUCUAAAGAUUCAACUGAAAUAUGCACAGAAGAAAAUAGAAAGCCUCCAGCUUGCAAAAAGCAAUCAUAGCUUAAAUCAGAUGGAACAGGGUGACUGUUCUUAGCCCAGAAAUCAAAGGAGCACAAUCUGUAGAGGAGUGUAUCAGAGAUUUCAUUUCCUAAAUCGAUUAACACAAAGACCCAGGGAACCUUAGAUUGGUGAGCUUUAAAAAGGGUACUUAAAAAAGAAAAGAAAAGAAAAGCUAUUCUUUUUUUUUUUUUAACCUCAGAAGAGUCCUAAAGUAUGGUACUGUUUUCUCUUCCAGUUAGCUGAAUCAAAGGGGAGGAAAACUGAAGGAUGCAAAAUUUUUACCAUAUCACAAACAUUAUUUUUUUUCCUUCCUGAGACUAAUAAUAGCAAAAGUGUGAUAAAAACAUGACUAUAGUUUUCUGACAAGGUAGCUUCUCCUACGUGGCCUGCCUGGCUGCUGCUUCCUUAGAACUACAAUCCCUAGAAAAUGAAUUUGCUUCCUUCCCCAGAGUUUUCUGUGAACUCAGGGGUUUACUUUGUUCCAUCCAAAGUUUGCUUAUAUUAAAAUACUCACAUUCCAAAAGUAGAUCCACUUCUCUAUAUUCCAGCCUUCUUUACAAGUCUGGUUCCCACUUCACUACCUCAAAUCUAAUCAGUUAGCCUUUUCCUCCUCCUUCCUCACUACACUCAUACACACAAGGAUAUCUACCUAGAUAGAAGUGAGCGUCUAGAGAUGUAGCCAUAAAUUUCAGGACAGGGGGGUGCUUAAUAAACAAUAAGACAUGAUCCAAUUGCAGAUCAACUCAUAGUUUUAGUCUCACAGUCUAAUAAAAUAAGUAGCCAAAUUAAAUACCUGAAAACAUGGCUAUUAUCAUCUCAUACAUCACUGGCUAAUUAGCUAAAAUAAACAUACUGCAAACAUGUCUGUCCUCAUAUCAUCUACAGUGGAUAGAAUUAGGGCUUUAUGGCUGUUUUUUUAAAGUGUUCAGCGCUUCAUGUGCCAUCUUUACCCUGUUUUGGAAGUAACUAUUUUGAGCUGAAUUUGUGCUUAUACUGUCUUCACUAUUUAAUACUAUUUAGAAAUAAGCUAAUUGGAUCACAGCCUUCAAUGCCUAACAGCUGACAAACAUGUACAUAUACGUUUAUGUAUAUUAUGUAUAUACAAUAGCAGGCAUGUAUGUGACUUGAAUUUUGUUUCUUCCAUAAAAUGGAGGAAGUGAAUUAAACAACUUUUAGUCAUUUACACAAAUUCACAAAUAUAAAGUUCAGUUUGUUAUAAGAUGAAGAAUUUACUUACAACGUAAACUAUUGUUUGGCAAAAUCACAAGUUAGAGUCCUGUGAGUUAUCUAUUAAUAAGGUUAAUGAUAAAUGGGCUUAUUUAGGGGUCUGGGCAUCUGUUCACAAACUCCUUUGUCAGACUCUUUAUUUCUCUCAAAAAUUCAUACGGUCAUUUUCUUUUGGGGGGAACUUACCUUCCAUGCUUGGAAAGCCUGGUACCAAAAUGACUUGAAAUUCAUAAAGAAGCUGACCAACUGCCAAGAAUAUAAUCUCAACAAUUAGAAGUUCCAAACCUAAAGCCAACACCAAGUCUUAAUCAGAAUAUAAAGUAUAUAUGUGUGUAUGCAUCCUCUCUCUCUCUCCCUCUCCCUCUCUCCCCCUCCCCCUCUCCCCCCUCCCUCUCCCUCUUUCACACGCACAUGCGGCAUCUUCCUUGGAGGAUUCAUACCAUUUAAGAAGCUUCUUCGAUGAAAGACCAGUUUCCAUUUGCGUACCUCCUUGUACUUAGCUUUAGUGACAAAGCUAAUGACUAGCUUUCAGUUAGUGUUUUUAAAAAAUCACUUUACACACAUAUUUAUUCUUUUCUAAAUCCAAAUUCAAAAAUCGCACAGCAGGGCUGCUUAGGUCCACCACCUGGUAUGGAAACUUACAGAAGCACUUUGUUACUUACCUUAUAUGGGGUAACAUGAGUUCAUGAUAAUCUUUAAAUUUCAUAUUCUUCACUAUUAUUCUUUUCCUCUGAUAUAGACCAAAGACAGUACCGCUCAAUUUCUUUAAACAUAGUCAUGUAAUACAAUUAAAUUUUUUCAUUCUUCUUACCCUCUAUCCAAAAUAUAGACUCCAGAUUAGUUUCUAUGUAAAUAAUCUGUAAUCUAUAGGAAUUCAAAAUGUCACAGUCCCCUUAAUUAGUCAAAGUAACAUGGUUAGAGGGUCUCAAGUAUGCCAGAAUUUAUCACUGAAAUGGAUGGGAAGCAGCAGUUUCAUCACAGAUUUUUACAGUCCAGCAAGGGCCAAAGAAGUAUAGUGUGUAAAUUAAUAUUAUUUGCACUGAGUUACAUGGGAUUUGUGGAAUCUUCCAAAAAUAAUAUGGAACAAAUUUUUGGUUUAUCAAGCCUAGGAUACAAAUUUUUGUGUCUUGUACUUACUUGAAAUAAGUUUGGCAUAUAUUUAUCUGUCAAAACAAGGACAAAUUGUGUUUUGUUAACAGCAAUGUCACUUCUCAUUUUCUUUGGUAAUUGACUUGCCUUUUUACUGACUAUAUGUAAAUUUCUGUCUAAAGAUGUAUUAUGUAAAAGAACUGCAAGGAAAAAACUAAUGUACAGAAUGUAAAGUUUUUUUAUACCUAAUGUAAGUUUUCUCUGUGUAAUAUUUAUAUGAUAAAAGACAUUAGGAUCCCUACAACAUAGAUGUCUUGUAUUUCUUCUAGUUCAUGAAUAUGCAGAAGCUUCACUUGAAUUUUGACUCUAAUUCACAGCUGAGACCACAUCCCUAUCCUAUUAACCAAACAGUUUUCCUAGACGGAAAAGCAAAGCAACUAAUUAUUCAGUGCAAGUUCUUAAACAUCUUUUUAUAACAUGAUGAAAUAACAGUACAGAAAUAUUCAACCUCUUCUCAUCUUAUUGCAUAAUGACUUACAGUGAUCCCAAAUAUUAAGUUUAUAAAUACUUAACACUGAAAGAGCCAAAUUUGAGGUUGUCAUUUCUCUGUGGUUUUCAUCUUUACACAGCUCUAAGAAAACUAGUAAGUAAAGAAGAGAAACUUUGAAGCUGUGGGUGAAACUGGUAGAGGAUGGUUCAAUCCAGUCUCCAGACCACCCAGAGCACUUCAUUUGUGCUCAUGAUUACUUAGGGUGAACAGAGAUAGCCACAAUUUUCCCUUAACCCCCAGCCAACUUUUAUUCAACCAGAAGAAGGGAGAACAAUUCCAAUCACUCAAAUUCCACCACGGAAUGCAUCCUACUACAUUUGGAUGUAUUUAUCAUUUGGGCAAUUCAUAAUACGUCAUGUAAAAUAAUGAAGUCACACUGACAACCUAAAACUAAAGAAGAGAUUAAAGUGCCUCUCCUCCUCCAGCCCCAAUUCCCAUCCCAAAUCUCUCUACUCUGUGCUCUUUACAAGGUAUAAACAGUAUCACCGAUCAGAACAUUCUCUGGUAACAAAUCUUUUUUUGGGUUAUCGUACCUUCUUUUGACACAAAUACAGUGAUUAAGUGUUUUGGGUUUAAAAUGUUUUUUUCUUUGUAAAACCAAAAACUGGAGAGAUAUUAAAUCUUUCAAAAUUGUUCUACAGAAUUAAAUCGAUCUCAAUAAAAAUCCUACUAGAAAAAAAAUAAAACUUUUUUUUUAUUUAGUGAGGCAAAGUUUCCCUGAUCUGCAGAACACAGGGAAUAGGUUCAAAGAAAACACCUGAUCCCUUUUUUAGCUGAGAGCUUAUAUGUAAAGGUGUGGUGGUUAUGUAUGGACAGGACUCAGGUUCUUUUUAACGUGUGUAUGGUCCAGAUGUGAGGUCGGUUACCUUCUUUAAUCCAGAAAUUCCCAGUAAAGACAUAUCUAUAGAUGCUAUUAGAUACCACAGGCUAAACCAAUGCAAGAAAAAGAAAAAAAGGAGAGGGACAAUAAGGUAAUAGGAAAAAAUGAAAAUGAGAACCAGGCAAAAAGGAAUGAAGAAGAGGCACAGAAAAAGGGGCUGGACUUCAGGAAGCAGUGAAGUGCCACUCAACAGUAUCGCACUCCAUGUAUAAAACACGUGCACAUUAAGGCCCCAGAUUGCCGUAUUGCUAUUCUAGAUAUUGCUCAGCGCACUCUUCUACAAAUGAACAAAGAUUAUCAUGAAACUCUUAGCUUACAGGAAAGAAUAACAUACUAGGGUCUGCCUAGACCACUCGGCUUUUCAAUUCAAGUAUUUAUAGGAGUGUAUAAAUAGGUGUGGUUCCAGCUACAUGAUUCCAGGAGCAAGUGCUAAAGUUAGGUAAGACUGAUAGUGAGUGGAUAAUUCAACAGCACUCAUAUGCAGGUAUACAAAGAACUCUUACAGAAAUUGAUAAACUAAUGUUUGUCAUUAUUUGCCAUAAACCUUUAGUGAUAAAAGUUGAAGGUGGUUGUAAACCCUUUCUGUAUCAGCAACUAAAGCUCUUGAAAAUAAAUGAAGCAGAAAUGUAAAGAUUUUAAAUGAACAUUUUCUAUUUUAACUAAUAACUUGCUUGAAAUAUUUCACCCCAGUGAUCUCUACUUAUAUAUUUUUAAAUAUUAUAUUUCAGAGUUCACAGCUACUGUUUUCUUAAUUAUGGAAAACAUUUUUAUCCAACUACCACAAAUGAAAUUAAGUCUCUUCAUUAAAUAUAGACAUAUUAAAAAUAAUCUAAGUUUACAAAUAACCAAAAAAAAUUGUUUUCCUAUCCUGAACAAAUUUCUUUGAAGGGCUAGCUUGAAAAAUACAUGGCCAAGACUGCAGUAUACACAGUAUAUUUACUUUUAGUUUUAACAUUAUUUUAGAUUUCACCACAGCAUUUAUGUAAAACAAAACAACAACAAAGCU